GCGCGUUUUUUUAGCCCUGUUGUUGGCACGAUUCGGCGUACUUCGCAAGCAAGUAAAUGAACAUUGCUGACUUUGAUGUCCUAAAGGAGCCUCCCUUCUUGCAGACCCCAGUAUGGAUUCUGUUGUGGUCAUGGGCCCAGAAUCCUUGCCUUUCACCAUUAAGAGCGAUCUUCCAGUCCCGGUGAAAAAGUUUUAUCAGGGUGAACCUCUGGCCCUGGGGAUCGCACAGAUAUUCAUAGGAAUGAUAGGAAUAAUUUUUGGGAUGCUGAUCGACAUAGUUAACAAACAUGAAAUUUUCUACCUUAUUGUACGGAUGCCCUAUUGGAGUGGAAUCUUGUACAUCAUCUCAGGAUCCUUAGCUGUGGCAGCUGCUCGGAAUCCCAGGAUGCCUCUGGUGCAAAGCAUGCUGGCAAUGAAUGUGUUAAGUACUGUAGCAGCUGGUUUGGGCCUGGCAUCCCUGUUUGUCACCUUCGCUCUACCCUACCUAUACAGUUUGAGUUUGCGCUGCGGUGAUUUUGAAAAAGAAAUUAAGGAAAAGUGUGAGCAAAUGGAGAAUUUCGGUAACGGAAUACCGAUUAUUCUUACUGUGUUUACCGCCCUGGAGUUUUGCAUCACCCUCACAGUUGCGUCUUUUGGAUGUAAGAUGCUUUGCCGAAACACCUUCUCUGAAAACGUUGUGGUCAUUUAUCAGAAUGUGUCUCCUGCCAGUGUUGAACAACCUCCACCUCUCGACUGCAAACAGCCAGCAAUUCACCCCUGAAUUGCUUUUCUUUCAUAGCAGCUAUUUUGGAGUGCAUUUGCCUCCUGCAUAUUGAAGCUUUAAACUUUUAAA